UAUUCAUUCUCUGGGUAGACACAAAACGAAGCAGUAGGGAACAGAAAUGUUUAUAAACAUUUAUGUAACAUAGUUCUGAAAAAAGAAUUAUUAAUAAUUUAAGCAUCAAUAUGCUAUUUAAUGUAAUGCAACGAAAACUGUGCCACUUAAGGUGCAGUCAUUUUGUCAGUGUUUCAAAAACAUUUAUGAGACAAACAAAAAGUUCAAAAUGGUCCUUAAAAAGUGAUGGAAAUAUAAAUGAAGUAUCAGAAGUAGUAACAUCUAAAUUAAGUCCAAAAUGUCUUAUAAAGCCAUUUAUAUUCACAGUUACUUUUAGUGGCUGUUGUUUUGUUGCUUGUACUUUUUGGCAAUAUGAAGAAAUGAGGAUAUAUGCCCAGAAUAUGUUCAGUAAUCAUAUGCAUCCAUUUAGAUCUCGUAGCUCAGAAUAUAAACGUUCUGAAUUUCGAAGACAGAUAAAUGCAUGGUGGAAUGCACAGAGUGAAGGUGAAAAGGUUGCCUUAACUAUAUUUGGAAUUAAUUUAUGUGUGUUUUUACUCUGGAGAAUUCCAGUUUUCCAGCCAUUUAUGAUGAAGUAUUUUUGUGCCUCUCCUGCUCUAAGGGGAUCCUGCCUGCCAAUGUUUUUAUCAACAUUCAGCCACUACUCCUUUUUUCAUUUGGCAGUGAACAUGUAUGUUUUGUACAGUUUUUCAAAUGGAGCUGUUGGAUUUUUUGGCAAAGAGCAGUUUGUUGCUAUGUACUGCAGUGCAGGUGUAAUAUCAUCAUUUGCUAGCUAUGUGUUCAAAGUUGCAUCUGGAAGAUUGGUUACAUCCUUAGGAGCUUCAGGUGCUCUCAUGGCCAUUCUGUCAUCAAUAUGUGUUCAGUUUCCAGAAACUCCACUACAAAUAAUUUUCCUCCCUUUUUUCACUUUCACAGCUAGCAAUGCAAUAAAAGCUAUUAUGGCACUUGAUUUUGUUGGCCUUAUAGCAAAAUGGAGACUGUUUGAUCAUGCAGCUCAUUUAGGAGGAGCUAUUUAUGGAAUCUUGUACUUAAACUAUGGCACCAAGUACAUAUGGAAUAAUAGGGAACCUCUAUUUUCUUUUUACCACAGAUUGAGAGAAAAGAAAGAAUAAUUAUAUAGAAAAAGUUGAUCAUUGAACUGGAUAUGCCAUUAUUUCUUCAAAAUGAUCAUAAAAACAAGGACAGGUAAUUUCUUGAAGUAUAAGCGUUUACUGUUGUGAUGAGGAUAUUAUAGGUUUUCUGAGAAAUUUAUUUGUAUUUUGUUCAUAUUUUGUAUAAAAAUUGAAAAAAAUAAAUUAAUCUCAAUUUUUAAUUGAUUAGUAAACAUAAUGCAAGGGAUUUAAUUAGUGAUUCCAUAGUUCUAUGGUAAAUACUAGUGAUUUAACAAAUCCUGCCUUAUAAUUGACUCUCAUGUUCUUUUCUCUUCUGUAGAGUUGAUUCCAAAAUUAAUUUUAUACAUUGCAGAAAUGCAUCAUAUAAGUAUGAAUUGUUCUUAUUGAGAAAAUUUUCAUUGAGUAAAAUAAAAAUAGACAAUGACAUUAUUAGUUAAUUUACUAUUCUAUGACCAUAUCUUUUGAAAUCUGACAAAAAAGAAUUAUUCUAUUAUAAUGUA